AAUAGAAACAUCUUUAACACUGAAAAGGGAACACAUCUGAAAAAGAUUGACAUGUCAUUAAUGCCAGGAUUCAGGAUGCCACCGGGUGGUGCCAUGGACAUCUUGUUUUCAUUUGACACCACUGGGUCAAUGUCAUACAUAUUAGAAGAGGUCAAAGGUCGGUUAAGUGAAAUGAUACAGAGACUUCAGGCGGAUAUCCCGGGCAUUAGAAUAGGAGUGAUAGCUCAUGGGGACUAUUGUGACGAAGAGGUCUUUUACUUGGAAAAGCACAUCGACUUUACACAGAAUGUGGCUGAACUGAGUCAGUUCGUGGGCGAGGUUGAAGGAACGGGGGGUGGAGACCAGGACGAGUGUUACGAACUCAUUCUUAGAAAAGCGAAUGAAGAGUUCACAUGGGCACCGGUGUCGAACAAAGUUCUGGUCAUGAUAGGAGACGCAAACCCUCAUGAACCCGAUUACAAACUGAACGUGGAUAGAAUCAACUGGAGAGAUGAAGUGUCACUCCUUGCAAAGCAAGGAAUAAAAAUCUACGCUGUCCAAGCCAUGAAUAACGAUGGAGUGGAGGAUUUCUACAGAACCAUGGCUGAAGAAACUGGAGGUCACUACUUAAGACUGGCAAACUUUUCAAAUAUCUGUGACUUCAUCAUGGCCAUUUGUUACCGAGAAAGAGAUAAUGACUUAUUAAUGAAUUACGAAGCUGAGGUCGCUGCUCGCCAAGGACCAUCGGGUCUCCAUCAAGAUUUAAACAAAAUGUUUGCCACCCUCCGCCGCGAAGACUCCAAUCGGAGUUGCAAGAGUGGGACAUCCAAGCUGGACCAUGCAGCGUCAAUGCCAUCUCGCUCCAGCUCGUUCAGCAGCGACGGAAGUAGCAAUAUCAUGUCAGGUCCAAGAAGUGCAACACCCGAGAUUCCGGCACUUCACUCACCGCUGCCAAUGACACCUGUAAAUAGCUUUUUACCUUCACCUGUCAGUCAUAGGAAAAUUACAAAACCAAGAAAGCUUCGACAAACUCCUAAAAAGAAAUCAAAAAUGAACGCAUUUCCACGUGAAAACGAACCAGGAACAAAAUUCAACCUAAGGAAACUAAAAUGGACACCGUGGAAACUGGCAUACAGUCCAGAAAAACCUGACGACACACGUAAAUGGCGCAAAAUGUACCGAAUGAAUGGAUACAGCAGAAAAACGCUGUUCCCGUGUUCUUCAGAUCUGAAAGUAUACGAAGUGUCCGUGCAAACUCAUCCAAGAGGCAAACUUCAUGUGAUGUACGGAACAGUGACAGCUGCAGAUCUGAAUGACUCCAAGUGGUGUCACCACCUGUUUCCGGGAGGUAGGAGGCGACACUACAUUCACUGCAGACAAAUCAAGCGAGUCCUUAGUCAAGGAUGUCGAGUGUUUGUUCGUAAAGCUGACAUCAAGAAGAGACAGAUAAAACAGGUGGACAAUUUGAACAAAUACAGCUACGCCUGGACAAGAUCCAUCUCUGGAGCUAGAACGCCAGAGAGGACGGUAGUGAAAGAUGACAAAAUAUUAUCGGGGAUGGAUUAUAGUUAAUUGUUUACCAUGCAGAUUUACUGUCAACAGAGCAGCAAUGAGAAUAUUUUCGACUUCUAAAUAUUAUAGUGCAUUACGUUAAGGAAUGAAAAUUUCCAUAAAUUCAUGUUGUAGAUACACACAGUCAUUCAUUUGUUAUUUUGGUAUGCAUGUAUUGUUGAAAUAAAAACUAAUAUUUGAAUUGUUUUUGUUCUGUUUACUAUUUGUUUCGAUAUACCAGCGAAGGGAAUAUUUUAGUCUUUUGAAAAUUACACUGCAUAUGUCUACACAUGAAAAUUACACUGCAUUAUGUCUACAAAUGAAAAUUCCCUUAUUAUGUUGUGAUUAUGCAUAGUUAUCAUUUGUUUUAAUUGUAUUCAAAACUUGCUGAAAUAAAAAAAUAUUUGUUUGUGUUUCCUUAUCUACCUUAGGAUUGUAGACUGACGAUCAAUAGCUUUUCCACGAUACGAGUUACUGCUCUUUUGAUUCUGAAAUCAGUU